AACACAGAUUACAUUGGAAAGCAGUAAAAUAAAAAUGGCAGUGAACCGUGUACUACCAAAUGAGCUUCAAGUUGAAGAUGAUGAAUACAUUGAAAUGGAGGUGAGUUCCUACUCCAACUUCUUCUGCAACUCCUCCAUAAGCUCACAGCCUCCGCACUUCCCCAUUGAGUUCGAGUUUCAAAUGUCUUGGUCUUCCAUGGAAACCGAGCCCACAACUUCGCCAGCUGAUGAACUCUUUUACAAAGGCAAGCUUCUUCCACUUCACCUCCCUCCUCGUCUACACAUGGUCGAAAAACUCCUGCAGAAUUCCACUUCUUCUGUCUACGAAGAUUUUUAUACGACACCGUUAACCACCACCGCAACCACCACUCCAUAUGAAUCCUGCAAUGUUUCGCCUUCGGAGUCUUGUCGGAUUAGCCGAGAGUUGAAUCCCGAAGAGUGUUCGUUUGAGUACUCAACCGAAGCUUUAAGCGGCCGCUGCAAUGGUGAGAACCACCGGAAAAAGUCGUCAUCCAUCGGUUCAAAACUGAAGUCUUAUAGGGCUUACCUCAAUUCUUUGUUUAGUAUAUCGGGUUGUUCGAGUGAAUCGUGUUCGGCUGCAAAAGUUGCAGAUGAAGGAUCGAUUCUAAGACUAAGAGCUAAAGAAAGGUUGGAUCGGUCCAUGAUGAUGAAAGCAACAAAGAAAGCUCCAUUCGGACAAAUUCACCAUAGGAGAUCGUUUUCUUUGGCCGUCAAACGACAACACUAUACGGACAAGUCUUCGUCUUCUAAUUCGACAUCGUCAUCUGGUUCUUCUUCAUGUCCUAGCUCAAAUGGAACUCAGAAUUUGCGAUUUCUGAAACGAAGCAUCAGCGUGAAUGUAGAGGUUGAGAGCCCAAUUCAGGGAGCCAUUGCUCAUUGCAAGCAAUCUCAGCUGAUAAGGUCCGAACCAGUUGGACCUGAUGCUCCAACACUAUCGAACCGGACCUUACUGCCGGCACCUAUGAUCUCCGACACCGACGAUAUGCAAUCAACUUUAAAAGUGUAA